CUGCUCGGCAGGGCAGAUCGGCUCGCACUGAAUGAGGCGCGACCGACCGUCACUGCCGCCGCUACAGCGUCUGGGUCGCUGGGCCGUCGAACGCAAGGCCUGCACGAGACGGAGCGGGCAGCCGGUCGGUCGGACAGGCCAGACUUAGGCUUAGGCUUGAGGCGGCAGAGAUCGAUGCUGGCCUGUCCUGCCCCAGACGGCCAGUCCUCGUGCAGACGGGCUCAGAGGCCUAAAAUUCACUUUGCCUCAUCCCGUACAUUCCCGUUUGUGUCUACUCGUCUCUUUGUCUGUCGUGUGUGUGUGUGUGUGUGUGUGUGGUGUAUUGAAGAGGGGAUUGAGAACGGACAUUUGCUUAGUCUCAACCAGAAAUGGAAUGACAUUAGGCCGAUCGAUCAGCAAAGGAUACCUCAAACGAGACACACAGACAGACAGAGGAACGUAGGGAAUCCACGACACCAACCAGCCAACCGGCCUGCCUUAGAGAACGGCUCGACGACCUCAGACGCUCUUGUCGUCAUGCCAGACAGGCCUCUCCAGCACACCCACACACCCACACACCUCAGCCUUGGGCACAGUUCGCCGCCUCUGCUCUUCCCGCUUGCAGACUCGCUCUGUCCACCUGUCCGUCUGCCCGGCGCUGGUCUCCGCCUCACCCGAUAA